AUGGCCUCACAACGCGUCGGCGCAUCCGGUAACAAAUUCCGUUUGACCCUCGGUCUCCCAGUUGGCGCAGUUAUCAAUUGCGCUGACAACAGCGGAGCCAAAUCCCUCUUCAUCAUCGAGCCGUAUGGAUUCGGCGCCCACCUCAACAGACUCCCGGAUGCUGGUGUUGGCGACAUGGUUGUCGCUUCGGUCAAGAAGGGAAAGCCUGAGCUGAGAAAGAAGACUAUGCCCGCUAUCGUCAUCCGUCAACGGAAAGCUUGGAGACGACGAGAUGGUGUAUUCCUCUACUUCGAGGACAAUGCUGGUGUUAUCGUCAACCCCAAGGGAGAAAUGAAGGGAUCAGCUAUCACCGGCCCCGUCGCCAAAGAAUGCGCCGAUCUAUGGCCACGUAUCGCAUCGAACGCCGGUACCGUCGUCUGA